AUGAACUGUGUUUGGUUAAUUAUCUCGGAGCCAGGAAGCAGAAUCCAUCUGAUUUUCAAUGACUUUGAUGUAGAACCUCAAUUUGACUACCUUACAGUGAAAGAUGAUGGGAUUUCAGAUUUACCACCUCUUGGCACUUUUUCUGGCAAUGAGGUCCCUUCUCAGCUGGCUAGCAGUGGGCACAUAGUAAGACUUGAAUUUCAGUCAGAUCACUCUACCACUGGAAGAGGAUUUAAUAUCACUUAUACAACCUUUGGUCAGAAUGAGUGCCAUGAUCCAGGCAUUCCUAUAAAUGGGAAGCGUUUUGGUGACAGGUUCCUUCUGGGAAGUUCUGUUUCCUUUCACUGUGAUGAUGGCUUUGUGAAGACACAAGGCUCAGAAUCCAUAACAUGUAUUAUGCAAGACGGAAAUGUAGUAUGGAGCUCUACCGUCCCACGCUGUGAAGCACCAUGUGGCGGACAUUUAACAGCAUCAAGCGGUGUUAUCUUACCACCAGGGUGGCCAGGAUAUUAUAAAGACUCCCUUAAUUGUGAAUGGGUGAUUGAAGCAAGACCAGGACAUUCCAUUAAGAUCACUUUUGACAGAUUUCAGACUGAAGUUAAUUAUGAUACUUUGGAAGUCAGAGAUGGGCCAGCUAACUCGUCACCAUUAAUUGGAGAAUACCAUGGAACACAAGCACCCCAGUUUCUUAUCAGUACAGGAAAUUACAUGUAUCUGCUGUUCACUACAGAUAACAGUCGUUCCAGCAUUGGCUUCCUAAUUCACUAUGAGAAUUCCUGCCUCGACCCAGGGAUUCCUGUGAAUGGCCAUCGCCAUGGUAACAACUUCAAUAUCCGCUCCACAGUAACUUUUAGUUGUGAUCCAGGAUAUACAUUGAGUGAUGAAGAACCACUCGUAUGUGAAAGAAACCAUCAGUGGAAUCAUGCAUUACCCAGCUGUGAUGCUUUAUGUGGUGGAUAUAUUCAUGGGAAGAGUGGAACUAUUCUUUCUCCAGGUUUUCCUGAUUUUUAUCCAAACUCUUUAAACUGCACUUGGACUAUUGAAGUGUCACAUGGCAAGGGUGUACAGCUGAUUUUUCAUACCUUUCACCUUGAAAGCUCUCAUGACUAUUUGCUCAUCACUGAAGAUGGCAGCUUCACAGAACCCGUAGCCAGGUUAACUGGCUCAGUCUUACCCCCUACAAUUAAAGCCGGCCUCUUUGGAAACUUCACUGCGCAGCUGCGAUUUAUAUCUGAUUUCUCAAUUUCUUAUGAAGGCUUCAACAUAACAUUUUCAGAAUAUGAUCUGGAGCCAUGUGAUGAUCCUGGUGUUCCUGCCUUCAGUAGGAGGGUUGGAUUUCAUUUUGGUGUUGGAGAUUCGUUGAUCUUUUCUUGUUUCCCCGGGUAUCGCCUGGAAGGUGCUAAUAAACUGACCUGCCUGGGAGGUGGUCGUCGUGUGUGGAGUGCACCUCUGCCAAGGUGUGUGGGAAAAGGCAUGCCGUAUGCUGAAGGUGCAGUUCGUACCAAGAAGGUGCCUGUGUCUUGGGUGGAGGAAGAGGAGUGUACAGGCUGUCGACCAUCUGCUAGACCUUAA